AUGGAUAAUUUAUGCACAGUUUGUAUAAAUUAAAAGGCAGUUAAUAGGGAUAUUGAAUGUAAAUCAUCAAGAUGUGAUGAAAAUUGUAAAAAAGGUACUUUUGAAGCUUGCUAAACUUGUAAUAAAAAGUUAUAAGGAUAAAAUUAGUAAUAAAGCAAAAAAAAAGUAGAUGAUUUAAUAAAAGUUUGUUAGAGGAGCAUUUCAUUUAUCCAUAAUUAAUAAAUUUAUAUGAAGCAAUUUAUAGAACAUUAGAUAGGGGAAUUGAUUAAUUUAUUAUAAGAGAAAUAGAAUUCUCUAUAAAUAAAUCUAACAGAGAUUUUAUAAAAAAAAUUGGAUUUUUAUUAGGAUUGUGAAUCAAGAUUAAAUGUAAUGAAGAAAAAUAGUGAUUACAAUAAGUUGAAAUAAUUGCCAUUUUCAUAAUUGGAAUAGUAUGAAGAUGAUAAGAUAAUGGAUUUUGGAAAUAUUAAAAUUUUAACAGAAGAAAUAAAGAAUUUUGGAAAGAGAAUUGUAAGGAAAACAAUAUAGAAUGUAAGUUUGUAAAGUAAUAAUAUGAAAAAAAUAAAUAAUAAUAAUGAUAAUAAGGAAAACUAAAAAGAGUAUUAAGAGAAGAUGAAUGAAAGUAAUAUGUUUAUAUCUUUUUUACCAUCAUUAGAUGAAGCAAGUUUAAUUUAUAGAUUAGGUUAGAAAUAUUAAAUGCUCAAAUAAAAUAAAGUUUUAGGAUUUAUCUACACAACAAAUUAAUGCAAAUUUGGUUUUUAUUAUAAUGUAGAUUAGCCAACUAGUGGUUAUAAUUAUUGUAAAGAUUGUUAUAUUUUCUCAAUAGAAAACGUAUAUCGAAUACCAGUAUAAUUUAUAAUAAAUUUAAGCCUAUGAAAUUUUAUCCAAAGGAAGAAUGCAUAAGAUAUUCGUUAUUCUUAAAUCAUUCAAAGAUUGGAUUUGGAAAAGAUUGUAAGGAUAUGUUAAUAGAUUUUGAGAAUUUGAAAAAUUGUUCAUCUAAUCUAGGGUCAUCUUAUGAUAUAUAUUCAGAAUUAGAUAAUGAAAGUAUUUUAGCAGGAAAAGCAACAAAUUGGAAUAUUGAGAUGAUAGAAAUAUUUGGUUUAAAAUGA